AUGAAAUUCCAAACAAUCCUCUUCGGGCUUGUGGCUACCCAAAUAGUUGCUGGUUACAAACCUAUAACCAAUGUUAUCAGGCACGUAGAAGCAAGGGCCGAGAGAGAAAACCCUGAUGAAGGGAGACACCUCGCAAAUGUAGAAAAAAAAUUAACUAAAAAGCGAUCUUCUUCGGUUGAUAUCGGUCAGGCCGAUCGUGCUAUGAUUAACGAGAAUUUAUUACAAUUAUCUAGGCUCAUUGCGGAAUCAAAUGAAUUUCCGGUUAUCAAGAGUGGCGGAAUGGUCACCAUGACACUUCUGACUUCCAAAAACGAAGCAGGUCCUUUUAAGUGCAUGAUUGAAUCUACAGGCACUGGCUCGGGCGAAUGGACUGAGAUGGAGGUGACCACAAAUGCUGACGCUGAUAAUUCAUUGAAUGAUGCCUUCAAAAUUUCACUUUCCGCCAAAGUUGCGGUUAAUCAGAGUUGUACCGGUAAAAUAGAUGACAAGGAAAAUGUAUGUAUGGUUAGAUGCGACAAUUAUGCUACACCUGGAAUCCAAGGACAAUCGGUACCAGUACAGCUAGUAAAAGAUGAUAAUAACGGGACGGCUGUCGAUGCUACCAGUACACCACCGGCACCCACAGCGAACGAAGUCAAACCGGAUGGGGAGGCUGCACCUCGAUUAUCUAAGCGAAUUACUGGGGUACUCGCUGCCUCUUCAGCAGGCGAAAGAACCCGAGAUGGUUCCAAAGGUAGUGAAGGAACCAACCCAACGACAAAUCUUCAUAAGAAACAAGACAGUGACCCUAUUGGACGGCCUGUUAAAAAUCGUAAGACACGCAAAAUUUUUGUAGCUUGA